AUGAGGUGGGUGGGAGCCCCCCGCAGCCUCCCCGGCAGGGGCGAGGGGUGGCAGCAGGUCCCCAGACCCUCACCACCCCCCUGUGCCGCCCCCAGGCUGCUGAUCCUCCUGGGCCUGCUCUGGGGCGCGGCAGCCGCCCCCGGGGACCCACAGUGGCCGCAGCCCGUGUUCGGGCGCCUGGCGUCGCCGGGCUUCCCGGGGAAGUACCCCGACAACCAGGAGCUGCGCUGGACCCUGACGGCGCCCCCGGGCUACCGCCUGCGCCUCUACUUCACCCACUUCCACCUGGAGCUCUCCUACCGCUGCGAGUACGACUUCGUCAAGCUGAGCGCGGGGACCAAGGUGCUGGCCACGCUGUGCGGCUGGGAGAGCACAGACACGGAGCAGGCGCCCGGCAACACCACCUUCUACUCGCCGGGCCCCGGCCUGAACGUCACCUUCCGCUCCGACUACUCCAACGAGAAGCCCUUCACCGGCUUCGAGGCCUUCUACGCAGCAGAGGACAUCGAUGAGUGCCAAGUGCCGCCCGGAGCGGCCCCCGCCUGCGACCACCACUGCCACAACCACCUGGGCGGCUUCUACUGCUCCUGCCGUGCGGGCUACGUGCUCCAUCAGAACAAGCGCGCCUGCUCAGCCCUGUGCUCAGGCCAGGUCUUCACCGAGCGGUCUGGGGUGAUCAGCAGCCCGGAAUACCCACAGCCGUACCCCAAACUCUCCAGCUGCACCUACAGCAUCCGCCUGGAGGAGGGGUUCAGUGUCAUCCUGGACUUCGUGGAGUCCUUCGACGUGGAGACGCACCCCGAAACCCAGUGCCCCUACGACUCCCUCAAGAUUCAGACAGACAAGAAGGACUUCGGCCCAUUCUGUGGGAAGACGUUGCCCAGCAGGAUCGAGACCAAGAGCAACUCGGUGACCGUGACCUUCGUCACUGACCAGUCGGGGGACCACACAGGCUGGAAGGUCCACUACACCAGCACAGCUCAGCCGUGCCCUGAUCCGGUGGCGCCACCUCAUGGCCACAUCUCGCCUGUGCAAGCCAAGUACAUCCUGAAAGACCGCUUCUCCGUGGAGUGCGAGACGGGCUACGAGCUUCUGCGUGGCCUUUUGCCCCUGAGAUCAUUUACUGCGGUCUGUCAAAAGGAUGGAUCUUGGGACCAACCGAUGCCAGAAUGCAGCAUUGUUGAGUGUGGCCCUCCCGAUGACCUCCCCAAUGGCCGAGUGGAGUAUCUCACAGGUGCUGAGGUGACUACGUACAAAGCUGUGAUUCAGUACCGCUGUAAUGAGACCUUCUACACAAUGACAAGAGGUGAUGGUAAAUAUGUGUGUGAGGCUGAUGGAUUCUGGACGAGCUCCAAAGGAGAAAAAUCACUCCCGGCCUGUGAGCCUGUUUGUGGAAUAUCAGCCCGUACAACAGGAGGUCGUAUAUAUGGAGGGCAAAAUGCAAAACUUGGUGACUUUCCUUGGCAAGUCCUGCUAUUAGGCGACACGACAGCAGCAGGUGCACUUUUGUAUGACAACUGGAUCCUAACGGCUGCGCAUGCUGUAUAUGAGCAAAAAGAAGAUGCCUCCUCCCUAAACAUUCGAAUGGGUGCCCUGAAGAGACUGUCACCUCAUUACACACAAGCCUGGGCAGAGGCCAUUUUCAUACACGAAGGCUACAGGCAUGCUGCUGGCUUCGAUAACGACAUAGCACUGAUUAAACUGCAGAACAAAGUUGCAAUCAAUAGCAACAUCAUGCCUAUUUGCUUGCCAGGAGAAGCAGCUGAAUCCUUCAUGAGGACAAAUAACAUUGGAACUGUAUCCGGAUGGGGAUUAACCCAAAGCGGUUUUCUUGCCAGAAAUCUAAAGUUUGUUGACAUACCAAUUGUUGAUCAUCAAAAAUGUGCUGCUGCCUAUGAAAAGCUGCUGCAUCCAGGGGCAAAGGUAACUGACAACAUGCUUUGUGCUGGCGUAGAGAGUGGGGGCAAGGAUAGCUGUGGAGGCGACAGCGGAGGGGCAUUAGUGUUUCUCGAUAAUGAGACACACAGGUGGUUUGUGGGAGGAAUAGUGUCCUGGGGCUCCCUUAAUUGUGGGGAAGCACAAGUGUAUGGGGUCUACACAAAAGUCAUUAACUAUAUUCCCUGGAUCAAGAAAAUAAUUAAUAACUUUUAAUUUGUAUGUUUUCAAUC